CACUGGAGCCCUGACAGAAACACACACCCUAAACCCCAGGAGCAGCUUAAAGAUCCACCCUGCAUUACAGCUCGAUGAUUGCUUUAUUCAUGUGCUCACUAAUAAUGCAAGUAGAAAACAUGAUGCUUUGGAACUACAUUUACAUUUAUCAGAAGCUCUUAUACAGGGCAGCUUACAGAAGUGCAUCCAUAAAGAUUUAGGCAACGAGCAGAGAGGAUGUGACAUCAUCAGGGUCACAGCCAAUAACAGCAGGCAGGAACAGGAAGUGGAACAACUGAAUGAAUAAAUAACAAAACUCUUAAUUUUUAUUUUACAGGCCCUUUAUCUGAGUCCAGCUCCACUGCAGGUAUGGACUCCUCUGGGUGGUGUAGGAGAGAGUUUGGGAGAUAAAACCUGAGGCUGAGCUCAGAGCCCUGUCAAUCAAACAAACCCUUUCACAUGCCCGAUAAAUAAAACAAUGUAUUUUAAUUUAUUCAUUAUUUUAUUGUUUUAGGUACUCCUGCAAUGACCACAAAACCAAAAUCACAGCCAGUUGUGUCCAAACAGCCCGUGCCCCGAUUAAAGGAGGCUCCGCCCAGCCUGUCUAUCCCAACAGUGGCCUUCCUGGUGAUGGGGGCGCUGUUGUUCCUGCUGCUGGCAGUGCUGGGUGUUCUGCUGUUCCAGAACAGAGCGCUGAAGAGAGCCCUGUCUGAAUGGGACCACGCCCCUCUGCGCGAAGCCGUCUACGAGGAGAUCAAUUACACACUGGCUAGAGGGGGAACCUACAGCACCCCCCGGUGGGGGAGAGGCCUUGCGGAGGAUCCGCCCUCUGGGUAUGAAGACUUGGGGGACGGCGAGGGACACUCCCUCUCAGGGGACCUGGUGAUGGAGGACACACCGGAGAACUAUGAUGAUGUCAUCCCAGCGGAUAAGCAUCCAGACAGUGUGGCAGGGGAGCUGGUGGAGGGAGAUGCACCAGAGCACUAUGAUGGUGUCAUCACUAUGCAGCCGGGCCCAGACGCUUUUCCAGGGGAUCAUGUGACAGACACAGAGGAGAAUUAUGAUGAUGCCGUAACUCUGGACUGGAUUCAAGUUGCGGAGAGUGUUCCGGCUGAAAGCCCACCCGCUCCCUGGGGGAUGGACUAUGAUGACGUGGGGGAGUAGCCUUCUGAAAGUGGAGGAGCACUGUGAGAUUGACAGUUCUAACUUCGAAAGUGUCCACCCACAAGUUCGGAUAGAAGAACUUACAUGGACUCCUUUAUCCUACACAUCUCAAGCAAAAUGUUUUAAAGUGAUAAAACCAUAUCCCACUAGAUCAGUUAUUCAUGAAUUAAUAAUUCACCUGAAAUUAUUUACUGUGGACUCCUUAGCUCUUUCAUAAAUUAGCUCAUUGGAAAUGCUGGUACUUGUAUACAUUGAGAACAAUAGCUUGCAUUCACUGACACAAUGAGACAGUUACUUUUUCUGACCAAGAUGAUGAUGUACAGCUCAAACUACAUGGAGUCAGUACUGGCCACUUCAAUAUGAAAUGAAUGCAUCAAAAUUUUUGGAAUGUAAAAAUGAAAACUGAGCUUUAGCCUGUGUAAGCCUUUGCUUUAGAUUUGUUUGUAUUUCCAUUGAAACCCUUUCAGUUUUGGCUGCUGUGUUUCAUCAUGAGCAGGUCAGAGCUGUCCAUGUUGGCUCUCUCUGAUUGACAUGUGGAAGGGUAGUCAGGCAGCACUUAUCCAGCAUCCCAACAUGCUCCUUUGCAAGAUCACAUUUUUCAAGAUGCUGAGUUUGUUCAUCAUUCCAUUUGAGCUGAAUAUGAACAAGGCAGUAAGUCUGCACUGGCUGCUUUUUCACUACUACUCAUUUCAUACUGCUUUUAUUACUACUCAAAUUAUUUUUAACAAAAUAAUAUUUUUUUUUGACCUUUUUAUAUAUAUAGUUUUUAGAUAUUUGGAUGCUAUAUCUUGGAGAAUUAUACUGCUUUUGAUAGACAAGAUUUUAUAAAAAUUAAAUAUGAUAUUUAGCUAAAAUGCUCACAAUGUAUUUCUUAGCCUUCUUAAGCAAUACCAGUUUUUUUAAACAGCUGUAUGUCAAUAAGACAUUUUUAAAUAAAGCUUAAAGACUGAUUAAA